AGUCCCAACCAAAGCAUGUUUAUCGAGUGCUGCAAUGUCAAGAAGCAGAGCUGGCACAGAUGGUCUCUACAAUGUCUGACAACUGGAAAUUUGAGCAGUUGGUGAAUGUGGGCUCCCCAUAUAAUUACAGCAGUGAAGGACAACCAGAGUUUCUUUGUGUGGUCUCCCGGGAGUUACAGAGUAAGAAGAAAAUAUGUGGAUCUGCGGCAUGCAGCACAGCACAGAGCUGUGAACCUGAGCAGGAAGAAGAGAUUGUGUUGAACCCGGACUGUAUUGUCUUCCACGAGAGAGAAAGAGACGGCCGGCAUUAA